AUGGGGGCGCCGCUUUAUCCCUGGGUGGCGGACACCGCGGAUGCCUGGUUCAGCAGUUGCUUGACGAGCAGGGCGGCGGACUGGGUCACCCGGCGGGACGACGUGGAGGCGGGACACAUGCCCUGUAUGGAGCUGCGCCUCGCGUGCCUGAUGGAGAUGCUGCAGGUGCCCGUGCGCAGCAGUCGGGCCGACGCUGCUGGCCUGAUUCGCGGUGACACGGCAAGUGGCGAUGACUUCUUGAGGCCGCUGGCUGAGGGUUUAUGCGAGGAGGCGCGGAGUGCGAGCGGGCGCCACAGGGCUGGUUGCCUUGGCAAGGCGCCUCCAGAUGCGCAGGGAGCUCGACUCCAAGGAGGGCUUGAACGCGGCGCUCACGCGCCAUUGGUCGGCUUUCGCGCGGGUGCGCAAUGA